AGAAAAGAUCAAAUUUUUUAUUUCAAGGCAAUUGAAGCCCAACAACCCCAGCGGGUCAGGCCCGUGCUUUUGCUGCGCUCCGUUGCCGUCUGGUAUCAUUCAUUCUCUUAUUCUUCUUCUCCAUCAAUCAACUAUAGUCUUGAAUCUCCCUCCAUUCCCCACUCCCAGAUUCCACAGAUUUCGUAUUGAUAGAGAUUUGGAGGAAAUCGAAUCUGCGGAUGAUCCAUGGCGCUCUCCAGGCUUCGUCAUCCCGUGGUCCUCCGAGCUCGCCUCCUCUCGUCUUCCUCCGCCUUCCGAUAUCAUUCUAGUUUCGUGGAGCUAAAUCCUAUUCCUGAAGUUACUUUAUCAAGGCCUAUACCUUUUCUUAUGUUCAAUGGAGUUGGUCACAAUUCUUCCAAGUCGAAGUUACCAAGUGGUUGCAGAUGUCUUUCAUCAGCAGAUAGUAUUUCCCAUUCUGUUCUAGCAAUGCCUGCUCUAUCACCUACAAUGAAUCAAGGAAAUAUUGCUAGAUGGAGGAAGAAAGAAGGGGAUAAAAUAGAAGCAGGGGAUGUGUUGUGUGAGAUAGAGACUGACAAAGCUACACUUGAGUUUGAAAGUCUCGAAGAAGGUUUUCUCGCAAAGAUACUAAUGCCCGAAGGAACAAAGGAUGUGCAAGUUGGCCAGCCUAUAGCCAUCACGGUGGAAGAUGCAGAUGAUAUACAGAAAGUACCUGCUACAUUUAAAGGUGUUUCAGAAGUUGACGAUGCGGCAUCACAACAAAUGGGAGAUGCGGUUCCAGAAUCAAGUCAAUCAACUACUGCAAGCAUUGACACAUCGAACCUUCCUCCACAUAUUGUUCUUGGAAUGCCAGCAUUAUCCCCAACCAUGAAUCAAGGUAACAUUGCUAAGUGGAGAAAACAUGAGGGGGAAAAGAUUGAGGUUGGUGAUGUUCUUUGUGAGAUAGAAACAGACAAAGCAACUCUGGAAUUUGAAAGCCUUGAAGAAGGAUUCUUAGCCAAAAUAUUGGCUCCUGAAGGUUCAAAAGACGUUGCCGUUGGGCAACCUAUUGCGAUAACAGUUGAGGAUGCAGAUGACAUUGAAUCCGUGAAGGCAUCAUCUAUCAGUGUUAGUAACGUCGUGAAAGAGCAGAAGCCUAUCCACCAGAACACUGCAAAUGGAAGUAGACAGCAGGAAAAAAGUUUUAACAGAAUUAGUCCUGCUGCAAAGAUGUUAAUUUCAGAACAUGGGUUAGAUGCCUUGUCAAUUCCAGCUUCUGGUCCUCGUGGGACUCUAUUAAAAGGUGAUGUUUUAGCCGUGAUAAAGCUUGGAAAAGGAACCUCCAAUGUUGCUUCUGUUAAAGAGGCAAUGCCUUCUUCAUCUCAGACCCACACCCUAACUGCAUCAGAAUCACCGGGACCGAAAUCUGAUCCCAAGCAACAAGAUUCUUAUGAAGAAUUGCCCAACAGUCAGAUACGCAAGGUGAUAGCAGCUAGGCUGUUGGAAUCAAAGCAAUCCACACCUCAUUUAUAUUUAUCUGCAGAUGUUAUCUUGGAUCCUCUUAUUUUCUUCAGAAAGGAACUCAAAGAAAAGUAUGAUGCCAAAGUCUCAGUAAAUGACAUCGUCAUUAAAGCUGUUGCUAUUGCGCUAAAAAAUGUUCCAGAAGCGAAUGCAUACUGGGAUUCCGUAAAAGGCGAAGUUGUUUUGUGUGACUCUGUUGACAUAUCUGUUGCAGUUGCUACUGAAAAGGGAUUGAUGACUCCUAUUAUUAGGAAUGCAGAUCAAAAAUCGAUAUCGGCUAUUUCCUUAGAGGUCAAGGCACUUGCUGAAAAGGCUCGAAGUGGAAAGCUAAAACCCAAUGAAUUCCAAGGCGGCACUUUCAGUAUUUCAAACUUGGGGAUGUUCCCAGUAGACCGAUUUUGUGCAAUCAUUAACCCCCCUCAGGCCGGUAUACUUGCUGUUGGUAGGGGGAACAAAGUUGUUGAGCUGAUUGUUGGUCCCGAUGGAAUCGAAAAGCCCGGUGUUUUCACAAAAAUGAACCUGACACUAUCUGCUGAUCAUCGCGUGUUUGAUGGGAAGGUUGGAGGUGCUUUCUUUGCAGCUCUGAACUCAAACUUCAGCCACAUUCAAAGGCUUCUGCUAUGACAGCUUUGCUUCAAUUUUGUUCAUACACAAAAGUAGUUGUACUUUCAUUGAAUCUCGGGUGGACUCGCUUCCCAAGGUUGUUUUUGGCGCGAUAGCCACGGGUUCAAAAAAUGGAAACACUUUCUUUAUACAAAUAAGGUAAGACUGCCCGCGUCGUAACUGUAGUGGAUCAUAGUGGGCAUAGGACCAUUUGCUGUUACAUUCUUUUUCAUCAUCAAGCAUAAGGUCCAAAUGGGGCAUUCCCAUUUCUAGAUGAUCAUGUAAUGGAUUAUAUCUUUGUUUCUAAAUGGAUGGGCAAAUUGCACGCCCCGGAUGUACAUACAUUCAGUUGCAGUUGCAUUUUUGUUACUAAGGUAAAUGAAGCUAUAAUCUUAGU